CGAGUCUAGCGCAUUAGCCGGCGUCUUAAUACGGUGCUUGGGCUGGGGUUUGGCUACCUUCCGGGCAAAGCGGCAUUCUCUUGGUGCUGGGCGGGCUGCUCCGGUCCCACGCCCCUGAUGCACAACACUUAGCAGAGGAGCCCUGAAUAAAGUCAGCCAGCCACGCCCCUCGCCGACCCAUGCCGGCUGCCUGAAGUUCGCUGUCAUCCAGUUUGGUUUAGCCGCGCCGAGACUUGGUCCUCCGCAAGCAUCAAGGACUGUUCUUUCGUUGGUCCUCCUCUCCGGAGCCACGCUUUAGGCCAGCUUCUUGCUCCUCCUCUUGCCAGUCCUGUUCUGAGGGGUCCUGGUGCAGGCUUCUUGGUGAAAGAAGCUUGACCCUUUUCUCUGGAAUAGCUAGAGAAGCUUUGGACCUACGUGGGGAAAAGAACGAAUUGUUACCUUCGCUUUGUCCUGGAGGGCCCUCUUUGACCUUUGACCUAAUGGCAGCACCUCCACUGGGCCGACUGGUGCUGACCCAUCUGCUGGUGGCCCUUUUCGGCAUGGGCUCCUGGAUUGCGGUCAAUGGGAUCUGGGUAGAGCUACCUGUAGUGGUGAAAGAGCUCCCGGAGGGUUGGAGCCUCCCUUCCUACCUCUCAGUGCUUGUGGCUCUGGGGAACCUGGGUCUGCUGCUGGUGACCCUGUGGAGGCGUCUGGCUCCCGGCAAGAGCGAGCGGAUCCCCAUCCAAGUGGUUCAGGGACUGAGCAUAGUGGGCACAGGCCUGCUGGCCCCUCUGUGGAGCAACAAGGCCCUGGUGGCAGGACAGCUCCACUCUGUGGCCUUCCUAACGCUGGCGUUUGUGCUGGCAUUGUCCUGCUGUGCUUCCAAUGUCACUUUCCUGCCCUUUCUGAGCCACCUACCGCCUCCCUUUUUACGGUCUUUCUUCCUGGGCCAGGGCCUGAGUGCCCUGCUGCCCUGCGUGCUAGCUCUGGCACAGGGGGUGGGCCGCCUGGAGUGCCUGCAUGUGCCUGCCAACGGCACCACCGGGCCUCCGAUCAAGGUGUCUCCCAUCAAUUUCCCUGAGCGUUUCUCUGCUGGCACAUUCUUCUGGGUGUUGACGGCCCUCCUGGGCACUUCAGCCGCCGCCUUCCAAGGCCUCCUGUUACUACUGCCGUCCCCACCACCUGAAGCCACGAUGGGUACCGGGCUUCGGGUAGAAACACCAGGAACAGAGGAGGAAGAGGAAGAGGAAGAGGCCUCACCAUUGCAGGAGCCACCAGGCCAGGUGGCAAGCAUUGUUUCCAGCCCAGACCCUAAGGCCCAUCGGCUGUUUUCUUCCCGAAGUGCCUGUCUACUAGGGCUGCUGGCUAUCACCAACGCCCUGACCAACGGUGUGCUGCCCGCUGUACAGAGCUUUUCCUGCCUGCCCUAUGGGCGACUGGCCUACCACUUGGCUGUCGUACUGGGUAGCUCUGCCAAUCCCCUUGCCUGCUUUCUGGCCAUGGCAGUGUUGUGCAGGUCUCUGGCAGGGCUGUAUGGCCUCUGUCUGCUGGGCAUGUUCUUUGGCACCUACCUGAUGACACUGGCAGUCCUAAGUCCCUGUCCCCCUCUGGUGGGCACCUCAGCAGGUGUGGUCCUCGUGGUGCUUUCAUGGGUACUGUGUGCAGGCGUGUUCUCGUACAUCAAGGUGUCGACCAGUUCCAUGUUACACAGUGGAGGCCGGCCAGCACUGCUCGCAGCUGGGGUAGCUAUUCAGGUGGGCUCUCUGCUCGGCGCCGUCGCCAUGUUCCCUCCCACCAGCAUCUACCCUGUGUUUCGCAGUGGAGAGGACUGUGUGGAUCAGUGUGGCCCUUGAACCGGGUCGAGUAGGAGUUACUUCACACUUGUCUCCACCCGGAGGGGGCCACAGCGCCUGCGUCCCGUGGCCCAAGGUGGCCUCCUGACGCACAGAUAAUAUGGAUAUUUCACACUCCGUAAAGAGACCUGGCUUUUGAGGAAAAGACCAGGGUGAGGACCAAAGAGCAGGCCCAGACCCAGGGAUAGGUUGGGGCUGCAGCCUUUCCCCUGGGACCUCUGUGGGAUUUGCACAAUAAAACAUCUUCAUCCAAUGGGUUGGUAA